GUGAUGGAGGAGGAAAAGCCAUGGGCACUAAUUUCAGAGGUUGGGGGUCCACAUGGCUACCUUGAAGAGCUAGCUGACAUAGUGAAACAACACUUCCAGAUCGUCUGCUACAAAGACUUUCUGCAGAACCCUGUGCUCCACGGUUCCAAAAUCCAGGUUCUGCUGAGUUGGAAGUACUGCCCUGCAGCCAAGCCUUGGUUGCUCAGGUUGCUUCCCUGCCUUAAAGUUGUAGCCAGUGGAGGAGUGGGAAUCGAUCAUCUGGAUGUGCCAUUCAUCAACCGUCUUGGUGCCAAAGUGGCCAACACACCUGGUGUGGUCAGUGACGCCACUGCAGAUUUAGCCAUGGGGCUACUUCUGGCUUCAGCUCGCAACAUUCUUGAGGGUCACCAGAUAGCUACAGACCCAAAAACUGUCCAUAUACCUCAAAAUCUGAUGGGAGUUGAAGUCACACGGGCGACCCUUGGAAUCAUUGGAAUGGGAGAGAUUGGUUACAAGAUUGCUCAAAGAAGCAAAGGAUUUGAAAUGAAGGUUAUGUAUCACAAGAGGACCAGAAGGAGCACCGAAGACGAGCAAGCAGUUGGAGCAAGUUAUUGUGAGAACUUGGAUGACCUGCUCAGGUGCUCAGACUUUGUCAUGAUAGCUGUAAAUCUGACCUCAGAGACAUCAGGCCUCAUUGGCCACAGGGAGUUGUCCCUCAUGAAGCCUACAGCAACACUGAUCAACAUCAGCAGAGGUCUGGUUGUGAACCAGGACGCCUUACUUGAAGCUCUUCAAUCAGGAACAAUUCGUGCAGCGGCCUUAGAUGUGACUCAUCCUGAACCUUUACCAAGGGAUCAUCCAUUGCUUGAACUUCCUAAUAUACUCAUCACUCCCCACAUUGGCAUCUCAACCAUUACCACAGCACGUGGGAUGGUGAAGAAGAUGGUCGAAAACGCCCUGGCUGGAGUGAAAGGGUUACCUGUUCCAAAUGAAGUGUCUCGUCCAGACCAAGCGCUUCUUUUAACAGCCUCCCUGCACACUCCCUGGCAUUCUGCCCGUCCUCUUUGCCUUCUUUCACCCCUACCACUCUUAGGUUCUGACGCUUCGAACGUCCCUCGAGGUCGAGGCAUUUUUCCGAAAGCGAUGUCACUUGCCCACGGAGCGUCUCAACUUUGUUCUCCAACUCCCGUAUUGCAUCGGAUGAGCCGCUAG